AUGUGGGAAGGGCUCCUCACCGAGGUGGCCACGGCAGCCAAAGCUCCCGAUGCAAAGCUUCUUUGCCUCGGGCGCCCGGGAAUCGGCAAGCGUACGCUGCUGCAGGCGCUGCAUCAGCAUGCCUGUCCACUGGCAGUGCAGACAGAGGCUUCUGCUUCGCAGGAGGGUGGCCACAGCCGCGCUGUAGGUUUGGAUUUCGCACACUUUGGCGCGCGGGAUCCGGAAUUAGAGGAAGCCAAGCAAGGACAAGACUUCAACUGCUCUGCAGCCUGCUCGGUCCUGAUCUUGGAGGACGUGGUGCACGAACGCCUGCUGUUGUCGCGGUUGAAGCCCUCGGCACUGCAGCUCUGUGCAGCCAUCAUCUGCCUGGAUCUGAAGACGCCAUGGACUAUGCUAGAGGACCUCAGGAGUUGGUUGGAAGUUCUCAAGCGCGUGGUCGGAGAGCUGAUGCAGCAGCUUCCUUUGGAGGAGCAGGAUCGUUUGAGGGAGCAGGUCUCAGAUGAGUUGGCGGCCUAUGCAGAGCCCUCCGGCAAGUCUGCGAACACCGAAGUGGCACAGGGUGAGGAGUCACAGGAGUCAGCGGCAAAAGACGGAGCAGGAGGUGUGGCAUCGUUGACCUACAACUUUGGCAUGCCGGUGAUUGUGGUCGUGACCCGUGCCGACACUGCGAGCGCCUUGGAGUCUCCAAAGACCGCAGGUUGGAGUGAGAUCAUCGAGACGUUCCUCAGGAAUGAGUGCUUACCAUACGGCUCAGCCAUCGUCUACACCGCGGUCGGGGGCGCCCAGUCAAAGAGUACACGCAAUGUAGAUGUUCUCUACGAAUACCUCAUGCAUCGUCUCUAUGGCCAUGCUCUCAAGUCUGCGCCCAACGUUCCUUCUCGAGAUUCGCUCUUCGUUCCUGGUGGUUGGGACAGCCGAGAUCGAGUUGAUAAAACGGCCUCCUCCCUGGAGCAUGGCCUGGAGCGAUCCUUUGAGUCGUCGGUAGUUUCCCUGGAGCCUGCUCCCCCUGCUCCGCCGCCGGCGGUGCAGUACGAGGACAUGCAGAAGUUCCUGAAAAGCUCGGCUGCGGUGCUCCAGAAGUUGGGAGCGGUUUCUGCACGCAGUGAUAAGGCAAAAGCAAGUCUGGCAGCCGCGACAGGAGCAGGUGCCAAGAAGGCCACAGAGAUCACCGCAGCAGGCUCCGGCAAGCGUGCCUCCAUCGAUGCCUCAGCAAAAGGAGGGAUCGGCAAGGAAGACAAAGCUUCGGUGGCGAACUUCUUCCAGAACCUCCUGACGCGCGGGCAGAGUGGUGCUGCCUUGGGUGCAGACAAGCGACCAUCGUCUGCGAGUACUGCAGGGGGGACUGCUGCUGCCAAGGCUGCAGCUCCAGCCGCGGCUGGUGCUGCAGACGCUGGAGGAGCGGAGGAGGCCAAGUUAGCACCUCCGAGCCCAGGUGGUGAGUUCCCCGGCGUGACGUUGAAGGUGGACUCCGAGAAGCCUGAGGCUUCAGCUCCGACCCCAGAGACAGCAGAUGCUGCAGCCCCUGCAAAUGCAUGA